AUGGCAGGCGACCAAGACAUGAGUGGCUGGAGCGAUUUGCUUCAUUCAUCCACCAGACUUCUCGAGCAGGCCGCUCCUUCUGCCCAGUUCCCUCCUCUUCAGAGGAAUUUGGAUCAGUUGGAAGCUUUAUCCAAGAAGCUCAAAGCUAAAACUGUUCGAACCGAGGCCCCUUCCCAGUCAAUUGCUGCUACAAGGCUACUUGCACGGGAAGGAAUAAACGCCGAGCAACUCGCCCGUGAUUUGAAAUCUUUUGAGCUGAAGACAUCCUUUGAGGAUGUGUUCCCUACUGAAGCUACAAGUGUUGAGGAGUAUUUGCAGCAGGUUCAUGAAAUGGCCAUGGUUUCCUCCAUCCAAGAAGCUCAGAAGGACAAUGUGAGGAGCUUCAAUGAUUAUAUGAUGAAGGUUCUGGAGGAUGAUUGGCAAAAAGAAAAACGUGAUUUGCUUCAUAGCUUGAGUCGGCUUUCAACACUACCGAGGACUGAUGUAGUUGAUAUAAACACACAUAGUACUCAUCCAGGGAAAACGUUAGCUCUCGUUUCAAGGAGCCCAUUGACGUCUUCUGGUUCCGCUACAAUGAACAUUGUACCAUUUGCUAACAAACCGAUCGCGGAGAGAAAAGCAUUGGCAUAUUCUGAAGUUGUGAAGAAUCUGAACAGUGCCAGAGAACGUGGAUUGCCAUUUAAACCGGCAGCUUCUUUCAAGGAUUCUUAUGAAAGUAUAAGUUUAGAAGGAUCUGGUUGCAAAUCAGUUAACAUGCAGAAGAUAUGGCACCUGAUUCAGUCUUUAACAGGUGAGAAUUCCACCAUCCAACGGAAUUUCUCAAAAACAAUAUCGCUAGUUAUAGGUGCGAGGCGUCAUCUGGAAUGGGGACAUGAAAAAUAUAUGAUGGAUAUUAUUCAUAGUCAUCCAGCACAGGCUUCUCUUGGUGGAGUUGUUGGAAACAUGCAGAAAGUUCGUGGAUUUCUUCGGAUUCGUUUGAGGGAUUAUGGAAUUCUAGAUUUUGAUUCAGAUGAUAGCCGUAGGCAGCCUCCAGUGGAUACCACUUGGCAGCAGAUCUAUUAUUGUUUGAGGACCGGAUAUUAUGACGAAGCCAGAAAUGUUGCUCUAUCUUCGCGUUCAUCUCACCAAUUUGCACCUCUGCUUACAGAGUGGAUUAACACUGGAGGCAUGGUGCCUGCAAGCACUGCAGCCACUGCUUCAGAAGAAUGUGAAAAGAUGUUAAGAUUGGGUGACCGGGCAGGUCGAGCUGCAUAUGAUAAGAAGAAACUGCUGCUCUAUGCUAUGGUCUCUGGUUCUCGCAGGCACAUUGACCGUCUGCUGAGAGAUCUACCCAUUCUUUUUGGUACUAUUGAGGAUUUCUUGUGGUUCACAUUAUCAGCUGUACGUGAUGUCCCUGCUGGGACUUCAUCGAUACUCUUGCAUGAAGGCUCGAUGCCAUAUACUUUGGAAGAUUUGCAGGCUUAUCUGAACAAAUAUGAGCCAUCUUAUUAUACCAAGAAUGGGAAGGAUUUGCUAGUGUUCCCUUACGUGCUGCUGUUAACCAUCCAAUUGCUACCAGCUGUAUUAUACCUGUAUAAGGAGGCUGCAGGUGAAGGAUAUGAUAUUGAUGCUGUUCACUUAUCAGUUGUGCUGGCAGACCAUGGACUUCUUUCUUCUGAGGGUACUAGUACUGGAAGAAAACUAGGAGUGAUGGAUGCUGAUGCAGAGGCAGCUAGCAUAAUCAGACAGCAUGGAUCUGCAUAUUUGCGUAAUGGGAACCUUACAUUGGCAUUGGAAUAUUAUGCACAAGCUGCUGCUGCAGUGGGUGGUGGAGCUCUUUCGUGGACUGGUGGAGGUAAUGUGGAUCAGCAAAGGCAGAGAAACUUGAUGUUGAAGCAGCUACUCACUGAGCUACUACUACGAGAUGGUGGAAUUAUUUUCUUACUUGGUCCAAGGGGUGCUGGAGAGGAAGGUGAAUUAGGACGAUUUUUAAGCGAUAAUAGAUCGAGGCAGCAAUUUCUUCUUGAAGCUGCUUGCCAAUGCCUGGAAGCUGGCCUGCAGGAUCAAUCAAUAGAAAUUCACAAGAGAGUUGGAGCUUUUGGCAUGGCCUUAGACACAAUCAAUAAGUGUCUUUCUGAGGCAAUUUGUGCCCUGGCUCGUGGUAGAUUGGAUGGAGAUAGCAGGACAUGUGGUCUCAUUCAUUGUGGAAAUGAAAUUUUAGAAGCUUACAAGUAUUAUCCUGAAAUCAGCCCUAAAGAGAGAGAGCAUGUCAUGGAACAAGAAACGGUGUUGAGACAGCUUGAGGCAAUCUUGUCUGUUCACCAGUCGGCGAGACUCGGAAAUUACCUGGAAGCUUUGAGAGGGAUUGCUGCACUUCCGUUUCUUCCUUUAGAUCCUCGGGCACCAGAUGUGAAUAUCAGGGAGUUCCAGAAUUUAUCUCCCCAUGUAAAAAACUGCAUUCCUGACGUUUUGAAGGUGGCUCUAACAUGUCUCGACAAUUUGACGGAUACUGAUGGAUCACUUCGUGCCAUGAGGGCUAAGAUUGCACAGUUCCUUGCGAACAACACGAAUACGAACUGGCCUCGUGAGCUGUACGAGAAAGUUGCAAUGAGCUUGUGA